GGGAAGCGGCUGAGAGGCCAGAUAGGCAACAUAGACUGUAGUCUGUGAGACUCAGCCUACUACUACAAUAAAACGAAUUAUCAAAGUAGGAAUACACUUUUUUUUCAGAGAGUGUGCUAUAUUAAGGAGUGAGCCCAACCUUCCAACAUACCUCCUCCCUUCCACUGGGCUAAAAUGAGUAUUACCAGUGACGAAGUGAACUUCUUGGUCUACAGAUACCUCCAGGAAUCAGGUUUCUCCCACUCAGCAUUCACCUUUGGCAUCGAGAGCCACAUCAGCCAGUCGAACAUAAAUGGAACACUAGUGCCCCCUGCAGCCCUCAUAUCCAUCCUGCAGAAAGGGCUUCAGUAUGUGGAGGCAGAGAUCAGCAUCAAUGAGGAUGGUACAGUCUUCGACGGUCGGCCAAUCGAGUCGCUGUCGCUCAUCGAUGCAGUGAUGCCAGAUGUGGUGCAGACGCGGCAGCAGGCCUUCCGUGACAAGUUAGCCCAGCAGCAUGCGGCCUGUGCCAUGGCAGCUUCAACCUCUGGAAACCAGCCGAACCCACCAAAGAACGGAGAAGCCACCGUCAAUGGGGAGGAGAACGGCACUCACAACAUGAAUAACCACAGUGAGCCCAUGGAGAUGGACGUAGAUGUGGAGAUACCAGCCAGUAAAGCCACGGUGCUCCGGGGCCAUGAAUCUGAAGUGUUCAUCUGUGCCUGGAACCCCGUCAGCGAUCUGCUGGCUUCAGGCUCGGGGGACUCCACCGCCAGGAUCUGGAACCUGAACGAGAACAACAACUCCAACUCCACCCAGCUGGUGCUGCGCCACUGUAUCCGAGAAGGUGGCCAGGACGUCCCCAGCAACAAAGACGUCACCUCACUAGACUGGAAUAGCGAUGGGACUCUGCUGGCAACGGGCUCGUAUGAUGGAUUCGCCAGGAUAUGGACAAAGGAUGGGAAUCUGGCAAGCACCUUGGGACAGCACAAAGGGCCCAUAUUUGCACUCAAGUGGAACAAGAAGGGGAACUCCAUUCUCAGUGCUGGUGUAGAUAAGACGACAAUCAUUUGGGACGCGCACACAGGAGAAGCCAAGCAGCAGUUCCCUUUCCACUCAGCCCCAGCGCUGGAUGUCGACUGGCAGAACAACAGCACCUUUGCCUCCUGCAGCACAGACAUGUGCAUCCACGUGUGUCGCCUUGGCAGCGACCGGCCCCUCAAGACCUUCCAGGGCCACACGAAUGAAGUUAACGCCAUUAAGUGGGAUCCAUCAGGUAUGCUGCUUGCCUCCUGCUCAGAUGACAUGACCUUAAAGAUUUGGAGCAUGAAGCAGGAGUCCUGUGUCCACGACCUCCAGGCUCACAGUAAAGAGAUCUACACUAUCAAGUGGAGCCCCACGGGCCCCGGCACGAGCAACCCCAACUCCAACAUCAUGCUCGCCAGCGCCUCUUUCGACUCGACAGUCCGACUGUGGGAUGUUGAGCGCGGGGUUUGUAUUCAUACGCUGACCAAGCACCAGGAGCCCGUCUACAGUGUGGCCUUCAGCCCCGACGGCAUGCACCUGGCAAGCGGCUCCUUUGACAAGUGUGUGCACAUUUGGAACACCAUGACUGGAGCCUUGGUGCACAGCUUCAGGGGCACUGGUGGUAUUUUCGAGGUGUGCUGGAACAGCACUGGGGACAAAGUUGGUGCCAGCGCGUCAGACGGCUCGGUAUGUGUCCUUGAUCUCCGAAAAUAGCCGACUUGAGACUUUUGAUGAUGAGUCCUGGAAUGUGCAGCAAGUUGCCUUCUUCUGACAUCAGCAAACACACUUUCAUUGCUCGAGAAGAGCUGUAAGGUGGAGCGAAACAAAACCCCUCACAGGAGUAAAACCAGAUGACUGCAGCAGCCUCCGAGGGCUUCCGUGCACCUUACAGUCUGUUGAUGAGUGUUUUAUGAUACGCCUAUUGGAAACAUAAUGGAAGCCGGUUAAGAGAUCCCCAAGACUGGACUGAAUCCAACUCCCUGGGUGCAUCCGUGUUUUAAAGGUUUCUAAUGAGAAAGUGCUGCGAUCCCUCCGGGCCACUGGUCCAGCUGUUAUCGGGUUGUAAGGGUGGAAACACAAAGAUGAGUUUUAUAAAGAGAAAAGUGUUAAUGAGACACGUGUUUGGCUGCAAGAGGGAACAAAUUAUGAAAGAAAGGUUGUGGUUUAAGAAUUCCUCUGAGCAAAAUGUUACCUCAUGUCCAAAAUGAACUGACGUGAUAAAAGUAACAUCAAUACUGACGCACUGGUAUUGUACGAUGACAGGGUGCUUGACUUCUUCCCAGUGGAGAAUAGAUUGUUUUCAAGAGUACUUCUUGCUUUGCUUUUUUUUUUUUUUUCCCACAGAUGGACUUUUGAAAAUCAAAAUUGAAUGUGCCGCUGCAAGGUAUUUCUUAGCUCACGUCUAACAUCAGGUCAACAAAAAAAGGAAAACCUGCCAAGAAACAGUCCUAACCUCCUAAAAUGACCUGCUCAAUUCACUCGAGAUUAGAAAAUGUCAUUUUUUUUUGGACAAGAUGUGAAAAAGUGUGGUUUACAAAGAGAAUUUUCUCCCUUUUUUGGAUGUAAAUUUCAGAAUGUAAAGAUAUGUAAAUUAGAUUAAUACACAGACUUAUAUACUGUGUAUAUAUGUUUAUAUACAGUACACUUUAUUGCCAUUCUGUAGGGGCUCAUUAAUGGCUA